AUGACGAUAUUUGAAAAAACAUAUACUGUAUGUCAAAAUAGUUGUAAUUUAUAAAAAUAUUUUGAAUAGAAUUAAUGCUGUUAUUUUUUAUUACUUUUAGCAUACAACAAAUUCAAGGAAACAUAUUGGUUCUAAUGGACGUAAGCCACAGAAUAUAUCUGUAGAUGAUUGUCUAAACAGUAAGUCUACAAAAACUUAUCUACUUAAAAGUUUACUAAUUGAUAAAUAUGAUUUAUCUGAUUCAAUAGAGAGACUAAAGAUAACUUCUAUUCUUACCGAUUCUUUGCAAUCUAUGGAAACAAAACUUAAAAAAAGGUACGAUAUAUUUAUAACCAACCUGAACUGUUAUAUGCUAUUUAAUUGUUUUCUAUUUUUGCAUAUUUAUUUAAAUUCUUUAUCUGAUUAAAUACAAUAUUCAUAUACAUGAAUAUUUCUUAUGUAGGUAUUAAAAUUUUAACUUAAGAACAACAGUUUAUUUUAUCAUAUUUUAAUUCUAUUAAAUAAUGCAUUUGAAGUUUACACAGAAAAACAGAGCUAAUAUAAGAUGGGGACAGGUUGUUGUAGAUGGGAAGUUGGGAAAGUAGGAUGCAUUAAUUUAUUUAAUUUAUAUCUGUAAGCAACAAUAAACCAGUGUUAACAAAAAAUAUUUAUUUUUUUUUUUUUACCACUUAUGAUGAAGGGUUAAAAUUUUCAUAAAUUUGUGUUUAGUCUAACAAUUUUAUUUAAUGACUUCUCUAAAGUACAACACCAGUCAGAUUUCCUUUUACAAAUUGCUAUCAUUAAAAUUUGGAGAAAAAUUGUGCACAGGAAAAAAAUAGUAAUAUUUUAGUAAUAUAUUUCGUAUAUUUACCCGUUUUUUUGGGUUUUUCAAUUUUAUGAGAAAACUCUUGAGAAAAUCGAAAAAUAACCUAUGUAGUGCAUCCACUAGGUAAAAUUGUCCUAUUCAAAGAAAUCCAUUCACUCUAUAUGUCAGAGGAAGAUUUCUUUUUGAAAAGUUGUUUGCUGACACAAAAAAAAAUCAUAGUAAAACAAAUAGAUCCCUACACUCAUUGUACAAUCAUUGAUUAAUUUAAAAUCUGUAUUAUAUUUCCUCUAGUUUAAAAACACAAGAAGCAAAAGGAAUACCUAAUUUUUUUUUAUUUGUAUUAUCAUCAUUUUAUUUUAUUUUAGAAAAAUUGAACAAAUUCAAGCACACAAUAAUUGCAUUUCUAUGGUAAAUAAAUAAAUUUCUUAAGAGCACCAGAUUAGUUUUUUACAAUUUUUUUUUCUCAUUAAAGGAGCCUCCCAAAUUUAUUCCAAUCAAGAUUAACAACCCUUGUGGCAAUGUAAAAAUUAAGGACGUUGAUGAUGAUGAUGUUUUUAAUCCAUGUAAUUGUGAUCCAAACCAGCCUGAUCCAUGUGGUCCAAAAUCUAGUUGUUUAAAUAGGUAUUUUAUCACUAUUAUUAUUAUUAUUAUUUUUUUUUUUUUGAUAUUAUAUUAAAUUUUGAAUUAUCUUGUAGAGUACUUAUGUUUGAAUGUGAUCCAGAACUAUGCCCUGCUGGUGACAAAUGCAAUAAUCAACAAUUUAAAAAACAAUUGUACCCAACAUUAACUCCAUUUUUAACAAGAAACAGGGGCUGGGGUCUUAAAACUUUGGAUAUUAUAAAAAAAGGUUUGAAUUUUUAAAAUUCUACUUAGAAAUAUAAUUUGGUAGAUUAAUCAUUAUAACUUUAGGAACAUUUAUAAUUGAAUAUGUUGGCGAUCUUCUUGAUAGAGAAGAAUUUAAUAAAAGAAUGGAAGCAAUAAUCAAAGAGAGAAAUGAAAACCAUUAUUUUUUUCACAUAAGUAAUUCUAGAAUAAUCGAUGCUGGAAGUAGAGGAAAUUUGUCAAGGUAAAAUUAAUUUUAAUGAAUCAAUAGAUAUAAAGAUAAUUAGUAUACAGUACAGAGUAAUUCAAAUUUAAUGAUUUUUUUUUUAGCGGUUCUUAGUUAAUUUAAAACAAUUGAAUUAUAAUUUGUAUAUUAAAUAUUUUGAUUUCAUAUUUUAUUAAUGUUAAAUACAUCAAUCUAAAAACUUGAGUAAACUGUUUAUUUUUAUUGUUUAUUUAAUUUCUUAGACAAAUAAUUGUAAUAAAUAUAAAUAUUAAAGUAAUAUUAACAAUGCAAUUAGACUAUAAGCAAUGAUUAAUGAUUUUAUUUAUUUAGCUUAAUAAAUAUUUAUUAUGUAUUGUUUUAUUAUGAAUUAUGAUAUAACACUGAAAAUUUUGUAUUAAUAUAAUUUAUACUUUUUUUUUUUAUAUAUAUAUAUAUAGAUUUAUGAACCAUUCAUGUGAUCCAAAUUGUGAAGCAUACAAAUGGGUAAUCAAAGGUGAAACUCGAGUUGGAAUUUUUGCUUUACAUGACAUUUCUGUUGGUACUGAACUAGUGUUUGAUUAUAAUUUUCAAAACGUCAAAGGAGUAACUAAAAUGCCUUGCCAAUGUGGAGCUGAUAAAUGUUCUAAAUUUAUUGGGGUUUAA